AUGCCUGUGGAAUCUCAAGCCCCCGGCGACCCGGGCGACGAUGAGGAGACCAGGCCCCAGCCGGGUCUGCAAAGCUUCCCGUUUACAUUCGACUGCUCCACGAUAGGCGGGGCCCCGAGCUUCAUCGAGGCCGAUAUCGCAGAUGAACUAUGGGAUGACUCGGCAUCCCUAUCCGAGAGCGUGCAAACCUUUCCCGAGGAAUUCGGCCGCACCUACCACGCCUACCGAGCAGGCGGGAGCCGUGCAGUGUAUGCGUUUCCCAACGACAACACGGAGCAGGAGCGGCUGGCGCUCCAAGGCCAGAUUCUCAAGGCUCUGUUUGGCGAUAGCCUCUACCUCGCCCCGCUCUCCAAGUCUAGGCCUCCGCGGAACAUCCUCGACAUUGCGACAGGCAUAGGGGAUUGGGCUAUCGAGAUGGGCGACGCAUUUCCCGAUUCCCAGAUAAUCGCCACGGAUCUCUCGCCUAUCCAGCCCCUUGAAGUGCCUCCCAACGUCAACUUUUUCGUCGAGGACUCGUCGGACCCCUGGAUAUACUCGCAAAGCUUUGACUAUAUACACACGCGGAGCACAGGUGGCUGCUGGACGUCGUUCCAAACACAGAUCGCCGAGCAAGCUUUUACUGCGCUUAACCCUGGUGGCUGGUUCGAGUCACAGGCAGUGAUCUUUCCAAUGCACAGCGCUGAGGACUCCAGAACCGCCAAUGCAAAUCCAAUCCUUAAAUGGAUUAGCUCAAGGUAG